AUGGCAGGUUGUUGCGCUGCGCGUUGGCGCGUCUGGCAGCUACUAAACCUCAUCAUUCUUCCGAACCACGGGGGGAAGUCGAGAAGCCUUUUGCAGUUUGGAACACCAACGAAAUCAGAUAUGCCGCGCGAGAUCAUUACCAUCCAGGCUGGACAAUGCGGUAACAGCAUUGGGAGUCAGUUCUGGCAGCAGCUUUGCCAGGAGCAUGGAAUCAGCCAAGACGGCAACCUCGAGGACUUUGCGACAGAAGGGGGCGACAGGAAGGACGUGUUUUACUAUCAGAGCGACGAUACGCGAUAUAUCCCGCGGGCGAUCCUGAUUGAUCUCGAACCCCGAGUGUUGAAUAGCAUCCAGACGGGACCGUAUCGAAACAUUUACAACCCGGAAAACUUUUACGUCGGCAAGAAUGGCAUGGGCGCGGCGAAUAACUGGGGUGAUGGGUAUCAGAGCGGUGAGGCGGUUUACGAGGAUGUGAUGGAGAUGAUAGACCGAGAGGCCGACGGCAGCGACUCUCUAGAGGGCUUCAUGAUGCUGCACUCCAUUGCUGGAGGUACCGGCUCGGGUCUGGGAUCGUUUCUCCUCGAGCGGCUCAACGAUCGGUUUCCAAAGAAGAUCAUACAGACGUAUUCGGUCUUUCCUAACACGACGAACGCGCCGGAUGUUGUGGUCCACCCUUACAACAGCAUUCUUUCCAUGCGGCGGCUGACGCAGAAUGCUGAUUCGGUUGUCGUGCUGGACAAUGGCGCGUUGUCGCAUAUUGCGGCGGAUAGGCUGCACGUUCAGGAGCCUUCGUUCCAGCAGACGAACCAGCUGGUUGCCACUGUCAUGUCUGCGAGCACGACGACUCUCCGCUACCCUGGUUACAUGCACAACGACCUCGUGAGCAUCCUGGCCUCGUUGAUACCCACGCCGCGAUGCCACUUUCUCAUGACGGCCUACACGCCCUUCACCGGCGACCAGGUGGAGCAGGCCAAGACGGUGCGCAAGACGACGGUGCUGGACGUGAUGAGGCGGCUGCUGCAGCCAAAGAAUCGCAUGGUGUCGACGGUGCCGGGCAAGAAGAGCUGCUACAUCUCCAUCCUCAACGUGAUUCAGGGCGAGGUCGAUCCGACGGACGUGCACAAGAGUCUGCUGCGUAUCCGGGAGCGCAAGCUGGCGACGUUUAUCCCGUGGGGCCCGGCGAGCAUCCAGGUUGCGCUGACCAAGAGAAGCCCUUACAUGCCCAUGAGCCACCGCGUGAGCGGGCUGAUGUUGGCAAAUCACACGAGCAUUGCUACGCUCUUCAAGAGGAUAUUGAAACAGUACGACGGCAUGCGCAAGCGCAACGCCUUCAUCGAGGGCUACAAGAAGACGGCGCCCUUUUCCGAAAACCUAGACGAAUUUGACGAGGCGAGGCAGGUGGUGUCUGACCUGGUGGCCGAGUAUGAGGCGGCAGAAGACGCCGACUACUUGAACCCGGAUAACGGAGAGAAGCCCACGUCUGCCGAGACGGAUAGGCGAACAGCGUGA